AUGCGCUCCUUCUCGCUCGUCACCCUGCUCGCCCUGCCCCUGGCGGCGCUCGCGACGCCAACGCGGCUGGACACCCCGGCGCGCACCGUCGCCCUCGAGGCGCGCCAGGCCGUCGUCACGCCCCCGCCGUGCGUGCCCCGGACCCCCGAGCCUAGCAGGGCCGAGUCCAAGUGCAUCUUCGACCGGUUCGUCGACGCGUUCCUGGUCCGGAAGAACCUGACCGAGGCGUUCAGCUACGUCGAUGAGGGAUACAUUAACCACAGCGCGGCUGCGACUGCCAACGGAUCGGCCGCCGCGUUGGACGUCCUCGGGCCCAUUUGGCCCACCGUCCAGGUCCAGCUCCUCUCCGAGGGCUACACGGGUCCCAAUGGCACUGCGACGUACAACAUCUCGGGCCUGGGACCGGACACCCUGACUAUCACGGACACGUGGAGGAUGCAGGGUGGUUGCAUUGUCGAGCACUGGGACACGACCAGCUGA